ACGGCGGCGGGAGCUGCUCUGCCAAGCAUGGAGCGCAGCUGCCCGCCCCCACCAGAGCAGGAAGCGGUGGAAUCGUGGAUGGACGAUCACGACGACUUUACCCACUCUUACUUUGUUAGGAAAGCUACAAGAGAAAUGGUUAAUGCAUGGUUUGCUGAGAGAGUUCAUACCAUCCCUGUCUGCAAGGAGGGAACCAAAUCCCAGAGUGAAUCCUGCACUUGCCACCAGCCUGCCUGUCCUGAGACCACCAACUCUGGGACGCCAGCAAGGAAAAUUUCUGCUUCUGAAUUUGACAGACCCUUAAGGCCUAUUUUUGUCAAGGACUCAGUAGGAGCAGUGAGCUUUGUUUGUGGGUCUGAAAAGAAGGAGCAGAUGCCUCUGCAAUAUCCAAGGAUUGAGACCAGUGCAGGGGAUCAGUGCUCAAGACUAUUAGAACUUGUGAAAGAUAUUUCUAGUCACUUAGAUGUCACGGCACUUUGCCAUAAAAUUUUCCUGCAUAUCCAUGAGCUUAUAGCAGCUGAUCGCUAUUCCCUGUUCUUGGUCUGUGAGGAUAGCUCUAAUGAGAAGUUUCUUGUAAGCAGGCUGUUUGAUGUGGCAGAAGGCUCCACUCUGGAAGAAGCUUCCAACAAUUGCAUUCGCCUGGAGUGGAACAAGGGCAUUGUGGGUCAUGUAGCAGCAAUAGGACAGCCUCUGAACAUCAAGAAUGCCUAUGAGGACCCAAGAUUCAAUGCAGAAGUUGACCAGAUCACAGGGUAUAAGACUCAGAGUAUUCUCUGUAUGCCAAUAAAGAAUCACAGGGAAGAAGUUGUUGGUGUGGCUCAAGCAAUCAAUAAGAAAUCUGGAAUUGAUGGCACUUUCACUGAACAGGAUGAAAAGGAUUUUGCUGCAUAUUUGGCAUUUUGUGGAAUUGUUCUUCACAAUGCCCAGCUGUAUGAGACAUCUUUGCUUGAGAACAGGCGUAAUCAGGUGCUUCUUGAUCUUGCCAGCCUCAUUUUUGAAGAGCAGCAGUCUUUGGAAGUAAUUUUGAAGAAGAUAGCUGCCACUAUAAUAUCCUUCAUGCAAGUGCAAAGGUGUACCAUCUUCAUAGUGGAUGAAGAUUGUACAGAUUCAUUUUCCAGUGUGUUUCACAUGGAAUCUGACGAAUUAGAAGAUACAGCUGAAAAUCUAAAGAGGGACUAUGAUACAAACAAAAUCAAUUACAUGUAUGCUCAGUAUGUCAAGAAUACAAUGGAGCCUCUCAACAUCCCAGAUGUCUGCAAAGACAGAAGAUUUCCGUGGACAAAUGACAAUGCAGAAAAUGUAAGUCAGCACAUAAAGAGUUUGCUGUGUAUGCCAAUAAAAAAUGGGAAAAAGAAUAAAGUGAUAGGGGUUUGCCAGCUUGUGAAUAAGAUGGAACAAAACUUGAGCAAAAUCAAAGCUUUCAACAGAAAUGAUGAACAGUUCCUAGAAGCAUUUGUCAUCUUUUGUGGCUUGGGGAUCCAGAAUACUCAGAUGUAUGAAGCUGUAGAAAGAGCCAUGGCCAAGCAUAUGGUGACAUUAGAGGUUCUCUCAUACCAUGCUUCUGCUGCUGAGGAGGAAACAAGGGAGCUGCAGGUAACAGCGGCUGCUGUAGUACCAUCUGCACAAUCUCUCAAGCUAACUGACUUCAACUUCAGUGAUUUUGAGCUAUCAGAUUUUGAAACAACACUGUGUACAAUUCGAAUGUUCACAGACCUCAACCUGGUGCAAAAUUUCCAAAUGAAACAUGAGGUUCUCUGCAGAUGGAUUUUAAGUGUGAAGAAAAAUUAUCGGAAAAAUGUUGCUUAUCACAAUUGGAGACAUGCCUUUAAUACAGCACAGUGUAUGUUUGCUGCUUUAAAAUCUGGUAAAAUUCAGAGCAAACUGACUGACUUAGAAACUCUGGCUUUGCUGAUAGCAACUCUAAGCCAUGAUUUGGAUCACAGGGGAGUAAACAACUCUUACAUACAAAGAAGUGAACAUCCAUUGGCUCAACUGUAUUGCCAUUCUAUCAUGGAGCAUCAUCAUUUUGAUCAAUGCCUUAUGAUCCUGAAUAGUCCAGGAAAUCAGAUUCUCAGCAACCUUUCCAUUGAAGAAUACAAGGCCACACUGAAAAUGAUAAAACAAGCCAUUCUUGCCACAGACUUGGCACUAUAUAUAAAGAGGAGAGGAGAAUUUUUUGAACUUCUAAGGAAGAAGCAAUUUAAUUGGGAAGAUCCUACACAAAAGGAGCUAUUUUUAGCAAUGCUGAUGACUGCCUGUGAUUUAUCCGCCAUAACUAAACCAUGGCCAGUUCAGCAACGGAUUGCUGAACUUGUAGCUACUGAGUUUUUUGAUCAAGGAGAUAAAGAGCGGAAGGAACUCAACAUAGAACCAACAGAUCUAAUGAACAGAGAGAAGAAAAAUAAAAUUCCCAGCAUGCAGGUUGGAUUCAUAGAUGCUGUUUGUUUGCAGCUGUAUGAGGCCCUAACGCAUGUGUCAGAGGCCUGCUACCCUUUACUGGAUGGCUGUAGAAAAAAUAGGCAGAAAUGGCAAUCCUUAGCUGAACAACAAGAGAAGAAUCUUGUUAAUGGAGAAAGCAAUCAAGCCAAAAGGAACUGA